GCUUGACCACGCAGAACGACAGAACCCGACCGCGGCUUGAUGGAGACGGUCGGUCGGAACGCGACCACGGCUUUAUCGCCGUCCACGACACAGAGCUCCCCACGGCUCAACGACACCGAGGAACCAGUCGCCAUAGUCGCGUUGAAAUUGAUCAUCUUCAUCGUGGGGAUAUUUGGCAACUUGUUGGCCCUGUACAUUCUGUACCGGACCCGGUCAACCUUCAACCAGAAGCACGGGUUCAUGUUACGGUGCCUGGCCACCAACGAUUGCAUACUCCUCGUCUACGUGCUGGUCAGGCUGUGCGUGAAACUGUUGUGGCCCAACACCGUGUGGCCCAUGUGGACGUGCCGGAUCCGCGGCCUGGCCGUGUUCUUUGAGCUCAAUUCCGGUGGCGUGGCCACCAUGAUGGCCGUCGAACGUUGGGUGGCUCUCACCAAACCGUUUUUUUAUCGGGAGGUAACAUCUACCACUAGUACAUAGGCUUUAACUAUAUCCAGUAUGAAAUUUCAUAUUCCACACGUUUGCAAGCGAUAUUACAUGGGAAUUAGGAACAUCGAAUUUUAAGUUGACGUAUAACGUAAUUGUAAUACAAAUACGAUUACUAAUGGUCAUCCUUGCAGUCAUUCAGCAAAUAUUGUUUAACUAUUUCAAUAAGAUGUUUAUAUCAAAUGAAAAUGUAACAACUCAACAAUAUUCUCAUGUAACAAACAAAUAUAAAAUACGAGAAAUAAAAAGGCAAACAAAAUGUUAGCGGUUUCUGAAUACACCGCUGGGUAUCGAGAAUGGGACCCUAACUUUUAUACAUUUGCCUAAUUCACUUAACGCUCUAUCCAUUAAACUAUAUAUUACUUACCUAACCAACUAUAUUGUUUAUUAGUAAUAUUUGUAGCCUUUAAUCUUUUUAACCUAAAUUAAACCCAGCGGUGUAUUAAAGUUUUUUUUAGGAGGAGGAGUACAUUAACACAAUUUAGAUGGCUAAAUCGGUUAAGCAUGAUUCCAUAAGAUUUAUCUUCUUGGAAACACGAUUCCGUUCGACUUUGAUCAAACAAUGCAUUGUCAAAAUGACCCCGAAAAUAACACGAUUACGUACGGUUUUUUUGGGCAAUAUUGUCAUUUAUUAUUCAUUAUUGUCAAUUCGUUUAAUUUUCUUAAAUUUUAAAGCGUUAUAAAAAGUUGAUGAACUUGAAAAAGCCAAAAUUAAAAAUUUGCUAAUUGAAUUGAAUAGCAUAAGUUGUAAAACAAUUUUUUUCUACAAACUAGUUUAAAAUAAAAUUAGUUUUUCACAUAAUUCCUGAAGAAAUAACCACGUCAUAUCAUUAUAGAUUUGUUUUCAGGCAAAACAAAAUAAACUACGGGUAUAUAAAAACCAUUUUGUAAAUAAUUAAUUUUACAGAGCUAUAUAAUAUUAGAAAAUAUAAUAUUUCGGCAUAUAAUUGAAUAAAACAAAAACUUACAUGAUAUAUAAUCAUUGUAUCGCUGUUUUACGUUACAUAAAUAUUACUAUACUAGGUAGGAGUUUAGGACAUUGAUUAAAUAUAAUUUACUUUAAUCAAUGGUUAGGAAUACCUUACGUAAAAUGCCAUAACCAAGUCAAAUAGUCAAAUACCUAUGUAACCUUAUGGAAAUCUGACAAAAUUGUACUAAAAUCAUAGGUACAAAACGUAUGGAAUCGUGUGCCUUAAAAUGUGCACAUUUCCGUUCGCUGAUAAGGGUCGUACGGAAUCGUGUUCUACCCGGCUAAAUUCACCUAAAUCAUUUAACUGCAAAUUCACUAAUAUUAUGGAAGUGGUGGGCUUUGGAGAGGAAACCCCCACUUAAAUACGCCCCUUUCUAUUAAUAUCCAGAUAGGUAGCUAAUUAGUUAAUUAUGUACACGAUUUAUUUGUAUAGGAGUAGUAACAUCUUAGUAAUUGUAAUAAACACAAUUUAAAUUAAACCCAACCUAACCUAACCCUCAAUUUGUUUGCAUAUAUAUUAUAUGUAAACUUUUUAAAAACGUGAUCUCUUCCCUAAUAGAUUAUGUAUGUAUUAGGUAUAUUGACAUUUAAUUUAGACAAAUAAUACAUUUUAUUCUAUUGGAAUUUCAAGUGAGAACAAUAUGCAUAACUAUAUUAUUGCAUUUAUGUGGUUGUCGAAGGAUUUAAUCUUCCAUAACCCUUUGACUCUAUCUUAAUUUUGAUUUUUACCAAAAUUGUUAACAAAUUUCAGUUAAAUUUACAUAUUAGAUUAUUUGAUUUUAAAAGUAUUGCUCAAUAUCCAUAUUUAUAUUUUUAUACGUGUUCAAUAAAAUCGGCUAUAAUCUGUAACCGACUGAACGAUAUCAAAUAAUAUAAUAUUAUUAAUUCAAAUAUAAUUAUAAUUACUAUAGAAAUAAAUAUAACAUACAAAUUAAACAUUAGAUUAUACAGAGUGUAACAGGAAUAUUUGACAUUUUUAAAUUGUAAUUAUAUCUAAUAAAAAAGUCAAAUAGUGCUGUUACAUUCUGUACAUUACAACAUAAUAGGUACAUUUAUAACUAAAUCAAUAAUAAUAUUUAAUUGUUUUUAAACUUGUAUACCGUAAUCAAUGAGCCUUUAAUUUAACUAUUGGUAAAUAUUAAAUAGUAAAUAGCAUUCUAAACCAUAAGCAUGCGCACAAGGUAUGUAGGUGAUUCGUAGACUGCACUAUUUCUAGGCAAAGAAAUACAUUUUAAAAAAUCGUUACUUUUUUAAAUGCAAUCAAUUAGUUUCUAUGUUUGACUGUUUUUUAGUCUAGCUAAAUGUUCGUAUUGACUUAGGACCCAUAUAGACAGUUACGUAACUGUGGGGGGGGGAGGUGGUGAAGGGGAUGAUAUCAUUAAAAGAUUCUCGAUUGAAAAAUCGAAUGUUAGACUUCGUAUUAUAAAUUUAUAACAUGCAUUUUUCUAUUAUAUUUAAUACCGUGACGUUAUUUUUUAAAGAAAUUUUCUAUUAUAUCUAAUUUUCUAAUUUUAAAAAGAGGGUGAAAAUAUAUUUCGCUUCUCCCUCUCUCCGUAAUAAAAGCCUAGGUACGCCACUGCAUACAGAUGGAUGGGGGGGGAGGAAUUAAGAUGUAAAACUACAGAUAUAUAAACUAUAUAUUUAUUAUAUUACUUAAUAUAUGUAUGUAUAUAUUUGUGCGUAAAACGUGGACUAAAUGAUUAGGAAAAUCGUCCCCUGGUUGGUAAUAUUAUAAAUACAACUAUACCAAAUAGAUGUAUAGAUCCUUAGAGAUGUGUUAAUUUUACUCGAAUUAUCUUGUGUUGUUACAUUAUGUAUAGGUAAUAUGAUUAUUAUACGAUUCGUUUAGGUUUUAAUUAUUAUACAUUUUUUAUUGACGCUGAUUAUAUUAUAGUUAUUAUAGUAUUUUUAUUUAGUUAACCGACGAUAGAUAACCAUAAUACUACUUAUGUCUCAUAUGUUGGUGGCAACAGUAAUAUUUCACGUAAACACGGCACUGUUCACACAAAUAAAAAUAAUUAAAGUGUACGCAUUAUGAUGGUCAAUUAAAAAAAUUCGAGGAUAUAUUGUUACAGACUACAAUAUAGUAUUACACAAUUGUUUGUUCACUGUUGCAGUGCCAUUUCUAUAAGAAAGAAUAAAGGGUGGUGGUGACUGCUGAUGAUCAUCGUUAUUUAUUUAUUUAUAUAAUUGGUUAUAUCAAUAUAUUUAAUAUACCUAGUAUUUGGAACGUUCAUUAAAAAUAUGAAAGUCCAAUUGUCCAAUAAAAUGAAUGUGUUCGUGUUCACGUUCAUAUUUAAAAAACAACGCAUUCACGUUUAUGUUUGUUGAAAAAAUGAACGCGUUCAAUUCAGAAGUUAGUGCCCUGGUAAAAUUCACUGACGUAGCUAGCGUAGCCAGGUCGGGUAGGUCCAGACGACCCAGACAGGCUUACACACUUUUCUCCGAAACACAAUUUUAAAAAUCAAACAUUUGUAUUAGUCGGUUUUUCCAUCCAAAUAUUUAAAUUAUUUUAUCUGACCUAGCCAGAAAAAUAUGUCUAGUAAAAUCUGGUAAAAUUAAUUGGUUUCAAUAUUUGAUGUUAUCAAUAAAACAUAAAAAUAAUAUCAGAUAAAAAAAAAAGACGUCCUAGGAUAAUGGGGAUAAACAUAGCAUAAACUAAGAUAGUAUGGGCUGGCAACGAAACCAAUUUCUGUCCCCACUUGGGUAUUCUCUGUCAAAUAAAUCAACCGCACCGUUACCAUUUACGGAAAUAUAAAUAUUAACGCUGCCGUUACAUUUUCCUGUUUUUUUUUUUCGGUUUUUUAUAUUUGUUGAGAAAACUCGGGAAAAAUCAAAAAACGACCUCUCUAGAAGUACUUUCCUAGUGAAAUUUUCUUUUAGAAAAAUUUCUGGUAGAAAAAUUGUCCACAGGAAAAUAACAAAGAAAUAAUUUGAAUAAUAAUAAUUUAUAAUGACAAUAACAAGAAUUAGAAUAAUUAAUCAAAUAAUAAAUGAUAUGGGUCCUUUUUGGCCAGAUUCAUCAUUCUGUACAAAGAAUUAUAUUUUAUGUAAUAAGUUUGACAAAUAGCGAUUGAACAAGAAUAGAAGCGUCGAAAGUUCCCUGUAGGAAUAAGAAAAUUGACAUUACUUAAUAAUAUUGGAGUAUCUGUGAUAUAAUUAAUAAUUAUUUAAAUUUUUUUUUUGGUGGAUGAAUAUUUAUUUACAUGCAUUUAGAACUAUCCUCUCUAAAGUGGCACUAAUUAUAAAAAAGUAGAAUUUUCAAAUUUUUCUCUUUACUUUCACUAUAAGACUUACAUUUAUACUAAAUUUUACGUUUCUAUUCAUAAAGAAAGUGUCUUAUGAUUUUGAUGAUGAUUGAAUCAGUAGCAAAAAUGCAAACUUUGAGAUUCCUCAAUUUUAAAAAGUCUGAACAUUAAGGGCUUAAUGUUGUUCAAUGUCUUAAGUUACUAACUUAUUAACUAAGUCAUUGACGGCACUUAAGCUUAAUCUAUGUUUUAAAUUUCAAAAUUUCAUGUUAAUAUAAAACAGAGAUAAUAGUUAUUGUAUGAGUACUAUAACUACACUUACUAUUAUCUUAAGGGGACGUCACACACUCAAUAUUUAAGAGGUUGUGGUAUAGGAGAAUUUUAUGAUAUUUUUAGCAAAAAUUAUUAUAAUUGUUAUACUAAAAAAUAUUCGAAUUUAUUUGAAAAUAAAAGUCAUCCGGUUUUGUCACAAGUAUUUAUUAUGUACAGUGUUGAAUCCAGGUAUACUCUAGGAGAGGCAAAUGUCCUCUCCCUAAAAUUCCAUUUAUCCCCUGACAAAUACAACUAUAAAAAAAAAAAAUGAAUUUAUUAAAUGUACAAUACCCGUUAUAUUUUAUAUAGAAAUGGACAAUGAAAAGAAAAAAAACCUCCCAGGAAAAUUUUCUGGACUCAACACUGGUAAUCAUGAAAUUAAUUAAAAUAUUAAUGGAAAACUAUUUUACGCAGAAUAACUUCAAUCUUUUCGUAUUUAUAUAAUAGUUAUCAAAAUUUCAGAGCAUAAUAUGGAAAAACAUUACUACUAAUAAAUGUUUUUAAAUAAGUAAACGAAAAGACCGAAGGUUUACAGAAGAUAAUAACUUUAAUUGUAUUUAGGUUAAAAAAACUACGAUAUGCAGAUAGGUUUUUCUUUAUGUGUAAUGUGUUGAGAAAUUUUGUUAAUUAUACUAUAAAUACGCAAUAUGGUGCGAUAAAAGUUGUCCUUCUAAAGUUUAAUUAUGGAUGGUAUGAUAUUCUCUUAACAUGUUUUUUAUUGUUUCUUUUCUAGUUUAUUUUUAUGUUUCUCACAUACGUUAUACAUUUUAUUCUAUUUCAGCACGUUAGCCUUUGUUUAUUAAAACGAGUGAUGAUCGUGCAAUGGAUAGGAAUAUUUUGUUCGGCGUCCGUACCGUGCGUUGUGUUCGGUCUUUACGAAGACAAAUCAACGUGUCUUCGUUAUAGGAACGCUAAAAAUCCGUUAGAUGUGCUAUUCACUAAUUUGUACUUCAGUUACGGUGAGUUUACGCAUUAUUUACAUGCAAAGGAUCUAUAAUGUUGGUUAAUUCAUGUUUAUGUUUUAUUAAAAAAAAAAAUAAAAAAAAAAAAAACAACAACUUAUAAUAAUAUUAACAUGCGUAAUAAAAUUUUGAUGAAACGAGAUGAGUGAUUCACUGUCUGUGAACAUUGCACAUAAAUUAUACUUUUUAUGAUUUUGUCCAAAAUCAAGCGUAUCGUUGUUUUGUAAACUGUUUAGAAUUUAAAUACAUAUUUUAAAUAAAAUAUCGCUACAUUGGGUAAAAAUUCUUAAUCUUGUGUAUCUUUUAAGGUAUACAGUGUAAAAUUAUUGGAGGAAUUUUCACCAAUCGGAAAAGCGUUUUCUGCAUUUUAGUGAAAAUCAAAAUCGGUUCACUGGGAAAUCAAAAAAAAAAAAAAAUAAAAUAAAUCUUAUUGUAGUUACCUAUCUAUUUUCAUUUUGAUUUGAAAUUAAAUAUAAUAACUAUACAAACCAUUAAUUAAUCUCGACGACGGGACAAUAUGGAUAAAAUCAAAACGUAAUAAUCUUUAAUCACUGUUUUAAAGUUAUUUUAAAAUAGGUAAUAAAACGUACAUUAUACUUAUAUUUUUGUUUUAAAUUUUUAAUGUUAUAUUUGUCAUACGCAGGGGUAUUUUUAUGCGUCGUUAUAAUAUUCAUGAACGUAGCCGUGACUAGAGCUCUGUGCAUGAAAGACGGCUCUCAAAAUAAUAACGUGUUGGUGAGACGCGAUCGACGAGGAAUCCUGAUCAACGGGGCCACGCGAGAAGAAAGAACGUUCGCCAGGCUCAUGUUAUUAUUGUCCGUUGCGUUUUUCACCUGUUGGAUCCCGCAAAUGGUAUGUAACGCAAAUAGGACAUUUCAUUAUGAAUAUACGUUUUUGGGAUUACCCACAAUUCUUUUGACGCGGCCGAUGUUUGAUUUAAAUUUAAUUUUAUUUCGAUGAUUGCAAAUAAUGUACCACAUGAGAACUUUUUUUUUAACAAAAUUGAAUCUAGUUAGGGCGGUUUUCAAUCUCAGGAUCGGGUUCGCAUCACCAGUUCCCAUAAUUUUCUAUUGUUGGCCUUCUUCUUCAUUUCUUUAAAUAAAUUACAUUUUUGAUUUUCUAUAUUCGGGCUUAUGUAUUAUAAUCGUGGUUUUUCUCUGUAGUUUUUUCCUUGUACCGUUCUUUUCAAGAUUAGUCCUAACAACCAUCCAUACCUGAGAAUAUAACCAAUCCAUUCACUCCCUUUAUUCGAAAUAUUAUUUCACAAAGAUCUUCUUUUCAAAACUUCUUUAUUAAUGGACUCUAACAGUCCAACUUAUCUUUUGAUAAGGAUUCUUCCAGCUCCACAUUUCAAACGUCUCUAUACAUCUCAUAUCUUCAUUUGCAAUGUUUUACAUCCAUAUAAUAUAAUACACGUUUUUAAUAGAUUUUUCCACAUUUAAAGAUUAAUAUUUUUUGAGUUGAAGUGAAUGGUUUUUUUGGGUUAAAUACCAUCUUGGCUUGACAUAUUUGGCAAAUAGUUUUUAGAAAAUAAAAUAAAAAUUGAUCAUUUAUUCAUGAAUGGUUAUAUUUAUAAAAACAAGAAAAUAAUCACUAUCUUAGUCACACAGGGGGGGGGGAAGGGUUCAAGUGCAACUCUCUUCCCCAACAAUAGCUACGCCCAUGAAAAUUCUCUUUAUUAUUUUUGUUUUGUAUAUUGUAUCUAGAACUUUCUCGUCUGUGUAGCGAAAAUAUCAUAAGAAUAAGGAUAAAAUUAAAAGGAAAUAAGAUAUCAAAUUCAAAUAUACUCUUUCUCAGCCCCAAAAUAUACUCUAAGCUUGAUUUUCAUCAUAAAUGGAUGUCUCAUAUGCUUUUUAAAAAAAUGGCUUCCAAUGGUCUUCGUUUUGAUCUGCAAAUUGAAGCCGAUUUUAAUGGUGUUUCAUUAAACCCAUAGAAACUUUAUUAAUAAUAAAUACUAAUAUAAUAUGAUACAUGUGCAUUAUGCAGUUAGGUAUCUAUUAUAUUAUUAUGACUUUAUGAACAAAUUUUUGAUUUGUACGUGAUUUUCAGAUAACCAUACCGUUGGCCAGGUUCAUUUCGGACGAAAACCAAAUUAAGCCGUUAUUCUUUGUGGCCGACCUGUUGUCAGCAUUGCACUUUGUAAUGGACCCUUACCUGUACGUAUUGCAACACUGCACGUUGGUCAAAUCCAUUUGUCUGAAUCGUGAAGCUAGAAAAUCGUCAUCAGUGGCAACAGUGACUAUGGGAUCCCGGGAUUGUAUUAUCUAGUCGCAGCACGCGAUAAAAAAGAAAAAAAACAAUAAAAAUAACACUAGUCACUAUGUACUAUAGUUAUAGGAGCACAUAGGGGGGUUGCUAGGAGGAGCUUGCUUCAAAUGAGCACCCCCAGUUUCCCUAAAUAAUUUAUAUCGCUAUUUCACCAAUUAUUUGUAAAUUAUUAUGGUUUAUUGGUUUGGAUAAAAUAUGAUUUUUGUUCCAUAAUUUUUGCUACAAAUAGUUCACGAGUUCAUGAAAUUAUGUUGCAAAAAUGUGCAGUAUCAAAUAGAAACUUAAAUCUUGUACAACAUUAAUUAGUAAAAAUAGAUAAUAUACUUUUUUAAAUAUUUCAAAUUCAUAGUAAAUUAUGUAAACGAUAGAUUAUUGUAUAGACUAUACAGUAUAGUUACUGAAUAUAAAUAAACCGAAUAGCGAUUAUAUUAACAUUUAUACAAUUUCAACUUUAUAAUUAUAGUUAUUAAUUUGUCCUAUGUAAAAGUAUAAUUAAUUUUGAUUUACAUAAAAAUUUGAAAUCAUUAUAAUGUGGUUUAUUUUGGUAAUAGGGAGUUUGAGGGGGGGGGGCAAAGCGCCCUACGGAUUUCUGUACCGCAAAUUAUUCUAGCACCUCCUAAAUUCACACCCAAUGUGCGCCUAUAACUAUAAUUUUGCAUUAUAUUACGGGUACGACAAAAAUUAUGUGUAUUACCCAUAUGCAGGGUAGAAUUUUUAAUUGGGAAGGGGGGAUAUAUUAAAUUCAGUUUAUGUAUUAUAAUAAUGCAAGCAAAGUAUAAUUAUCUACAUUAAUUAUACAGUUAAAAAGCCUCUUUUAUUGAGAUUAUUUUACAAAAUACAUUAUUAUGUAAGUACUACAACUAUUUGUAUUAAGUUGAAUAAUAGCAGAACUAAUUUAAUUAAUUGUUAUUUUAUUUUAAAAAGUUGUCAACGCUGAAUAUGGUUUAAAUUAUUAUUUUUUAAGUCCCUUAGCCUCUUUCCCCACUGGACACAUCACUGUCCAUAGACGUAUAAAUUACUAUGAAAGGUUUUAUAGAUUUCUUUUUAAAAUAAUAAUAUUUACGACGUCUAUACAAUAAAUAAUUUAUACUAUAUUUAAUUGUUUAAUAAUUUCGGGGAGGUUUCAAUCGUUUUACUAGACAUACUUAAUCCGUAUUUACCAUAAUCGUAGCCAAUUAAUGAAAUCAUAAAAAGAAAAUCAAGAACAUUAUAACAGAAUAUAGAUAUGCAUUAUUAAAAAUGAGCUUUUUUUUAUGUUUUACGUGGGCGAAUAGAAUGCCAUCGCAACGUCUUUUAAUGUUUUUCUUACGUGGGGAAAAUAACGUGGGCCGCGUAAUUGUCUUUUUUGCUAGCGUGUAUGAUCCGAAUGCGCAUCAAUUUGUUUUUUUUUUUUUGGAAUUCAAUUACAUCAUCGGAUCCACGGCAAAAGUUUGAAUUGACUGAUCUUGUUAUAAUGUUGUAUAAAGAUAAGAGAUAAUAGCCAAAUAAUAAUUAUCUAAAUGAAGUUGAUUUAAUUAUAUAAAUAAUAAGUAAUUUUUUACCUAGAUAAAAAAAAUCUUUCCAAACAUUGACAAAUGAUUAUUCGUUAUUAUUAUCAUAAGACGGUGUGCUAAAAGUAUAGUUUAUGUAAAGACCGACAAGUUAAUGAAAAUAAUUAACUAGUUUAAGUUUAGUUAAAUAUAAAAAAUUAUAUUAUUAUUAUUGUAAUUAAUUAUACAAAAUACAUUUUUUGAUAAUUUUAUUUACGUAGUAUAAAAUAUACAGAGCAUAAAAAUUAACUGUAAAAAGUUAAGUUUAUUCAUUAAAAAAUUAAAUUGGUAGUUAACCAUAAAAUGAAUUGACUAUUAAGUUUAACUUUUUAAGUAGUUAAUGCCCACCUUUGAAUACAUAGACGUAUAUGUACUUUAAUUUUGGUAUACAUAGAGAUAAUAAGUUUUAAAAUGUAUUGUGUUAUUAAUGUAACUUAAUAAUUUAUUAUAAACCGUUUAAUAUAAACC